GUUCAAAAAUAUAGAAAUUUGGAUUUUAUAUUUUAUAUCAACGUUUUAAUUUUUCAGAAAACGACUUAUCUGUUGUAAAGAAACAUAGUUUUGAAAGAAUCAUGAAAACUUUAGCCGUAUUGUUGUUUGGAGUUGUCGCCCUUGCCAGCGCUUUUCCCAUGAAGGGAGGCUUAAUCAAGUGUAAAAGACAUGGAUUCCAUAUGAGCGGAAUGGGUGGUGGAAUGGGUCAAGGAAUUGGUAGUAUCGUAGGUGGAAGCCAGUUCGGAGACUUAGGUCUAGCAGGACCAUACGGUGGAUACAUAUGGUCUGACAACAAUAACGGAUGGAAUAACAACAAUGGCUGGGGCGACAACAAUGGCUGGGACGACAACAACAGGUGGGGAAACAACAAUGGAUGGGACCUCAACAAUAGAUUUGAUGAUAACAACAGGUUCAAUGAUAACAGGUUCAACGAUAACAGAUUCAAUGAUGACAGGUUCAAUGAUAACAGGUUCAAUGAUAACAGAUUCAAUGAUAACAGGUUCAAUGAUGACAGGUUCAAUGACAACAGGUUCAAUGACAACAGAGGCUGGGACGACAACAACUUUGGUGGACGAGUCAUCGGAACAGGUCCCGCUAUUAUUGGAACCGGAAGCGGAAGCUGGGAUACCGGAAGUGUAAUCAGCGGGCCGAUUGCUGGUCAUGGAAUCCACUAGACAUUAGUUGACAAUCAAAUAUAAUGAUAUACAUGUAUAUAAUAAUGAAUAAUAACCGAGUUUCUUAAGACAUAAUAUAAUUUAUUUCCUUUUUACAGAAAUUCGGUUGCAAAAAAUAUAAGAGAAAAAAUAAUAAUCAUUGUUUAAAAAGUAUGAAGAAAUAAGAUCAGAUAAAGUGUGGAAAAAACUAAUAUUUUUUAUGACAAAUUAUUAUUUUAUAAACAAUAUAAUAUUGUAAUUUAAUAGAAAAAAGGUAAAGCUAAUAUGAGGUAAUCUAUGUUACUUUAUAAUGUUUGCAGUAUGAAAUAAUGGCAUAUAAUGAGUGUAUAUCACUUUCGCUCGAAAUACUAUCCGAAAAAUUAACGAUAUAUUUUUAUUCAACGGGUCACGAAUUCCAAAUACUUCGAAUAUCUAGGAAAAUAUCAAAACUUAUGGCUUUUUCAGAAAUCAAUUUAACAUUUUUUAAAUGGACUUGUCCAUUUUUUAAUCUUUAUAAACCCAUUCAUCAUUUUCUGGAAAAUUUCAAAAUAUGAGUUGUCUGAACAGCGAAUAGUACAUACCAUGAGAAGACAGCACAGAUUUAUCGGGCGACCUUCGUCUGCACUGUAUACAUGGGUAGAGUCAGUUGAUGCAAACAGGCUACAGUGAAUGCCUUCUAAAAAACAAGUUUUAGUAAUUAAGGAAAUAUAUAUCAAUUUUGAGUGUAUUUUUGUUGAAUAAUGCACGGUAUUAGAUCAAAUACGUAGGGAUAUAAUCACGAAGGCCGAUAGGCCUAAAUUAUUAAUUAAAGCCUACAAAGCAUUUGAACUAUAAAUCGUGCAUUAUUUUCCUAUUAUGCAAGACAAAUUAAUAUCUUUUUUUAUUCGAACAUGCUAAUAAAAAAGAGAAUUGAGAAAAAUAUGUUGAACUACAUUGAAGAUAGAAAGUAUUUUCCUGACAUUUUUGGUUUUUGACGUCAUAUAUGACGCCAUAUGAUGUGUAAUCAUUUUUUUUUUAUUCUGUGCAUAUAUCGUGAACUAAUGCACUUUAUCACCCUAUCUGUUUGACAGUGGAAUAGUGUGAAACGUGCUAGAAUGUAAAGCAAUGAUAACUUCACGUAAAACACCCUUUUAACAUUGAACUACAGUUUAUUAUUGUACAUUGAACAAAAAUAAUGUUUGUUUGUUGUAUUAUUAAUGAUGUAUUGAUAUGUUAUAAUCUUGUUAAAAAAUAAACUUUGAACUAUUAAA